AUGCGGAGAUUAGGCUCCUGUGACACUGUGGAGAGCUUUUACUCGUUGUAUUUACACAUCAAGCGGCCCUCGAACCACCAGCCGAUCUCAGACUUGCACAUCUUUGUCGAUCCGAUCAAGCCAGCAUGGGAAGAUCCGUUGAACGUUCGAGGCGGAAAAUGGACGAUCCGGUUGAAGAAAGGCUUAGCGAACCGGCUCUGGGAGACCUUGAUCCUGAGUCUCGUCGGCGGCGGGCUCGAGAAACUGAUCGCUAAUCCGAAUCCUGAUCUCGACCAUCUCAACACCUCCCCCUCAGACGAGAACACUAACAACAACAACAACGAACUCAGUGACUAUGCAAGGGAGAUCUGUGGCGCCGUGCUUAGUAUUCGGAGGGAUGAGGAUAUCCUCGCUGUGUGGCAUAAGACCGGAGCUCCUGAAGUCGGCGGAGACGGCAAGAUGGCCAAACAAGUCAAAUUGGCACUCCAAACGGUCUUACAAUUGCCCUUGAAUUGCAACUUGGUAUAUAAGUUAAAUGCCGAUUGUUUGUCGUCUACGAACGGCGGAGUGAGCAUGACGACGAUCGGCCAAAACAUCCAACUCAAUCCCUACCACAACAACAGCAAUAAUAAUAACAACAAUCACAACAACAAUCACAACCACAACCAUCAUCAUCAUCAUCAGGGACAAGGACAGAGUAAUAAGACACAUUAUAAUCCGAACCAUCAUCAUCUUAAACAACAAGCUCACCGGGCAUCUAAUUUUAAUAAUAAUAAUAAUAAUACCCACCACCACCACUCGGCUGAUCUUGCGAAAACUUCCUCGCCGUCCGCUGCUGCGAUUUCGCCUCACCCGUUCGCCGUCGGGUUGAGCUCGUCCGUCGCACCAGCUGGAGCUGUCGAUCUUACUCAUCCUGAUCCUCAUUCUAAUAUUAAUCAUCGUCAUAAAGAUUGA